CCGGGAGCUCCCGGGACGCGUGGAGCCGCGGCCGCGCACGGACCGGAGCCGCCGGUGCCCCGGAGCCGCCGCGCCAUGGAACCGCCGGGCCCCGCCGGGGCUCCGGGGCGGCCCUGGGAUGAAGCCAAGGCUUUCUACGACAACCUCGCCCCCAAGAAGAAGCCCAAAUCGCCCAAGCCCGAGAACGCCAUCACCAUCGCCGUGUCCUCGCGGGCGCUGUUCCGCAUGGAGGAGGAGCAGAAGAUCUACGCGGAGCAGGGCGUGGAGGCCUACGUGAAAUACCAGCUGGACCACGAGAACGAGCCCUUCCUCCCCGGGGCCGCCUUCCCCUUCGUCAAGGCUCUGGAGGCAGUGAACGCUCAGCUCCGGGAGCUCUACCCCGACAGCGAGGAGCUCUUCGACAUCGUCCUCAUGACCAACAACCACGCCCAGGUCGGCGUCCGCCUGAUCAACAGCAUCAACCACUACGAUCUGUUCAUCGAGAGGUUCUGCAUGACGGGAGGGAACAGCCCCAUCUGUUACCUCAAGGCCUACCACACCAACCUCUACCUCUCCUCCGACUCCGAGAAACCCCAGCAGGGACCUGGAGGUGUCGGAGAAGCAGCUGCGGGUGGCGUUCGACGGCGACGCCGUGCUCUUCUCGGACGAGUCGGAGCAGAUCGUGAAGGCUCACGGGCUGGACAUGUUCUUCGAGCACGAGAAGGCGCACGAGAACAAGCCCCUGGCACAGGGUCCCCUGAAGGGUUUCCUGGAGGCGCUGGGGAAGCUGCAGAAGAAAUUCUACUCCAAGGGGCUGCGGCUGGAGUGCCCCAUCCGCACGUACCUGGUGACGGCGCGCAGCGCGGCCAGCUCGGGCGCCCGCGCCCUAAAGACUCUGCGCAGCUGGGGCCUGGAGACGGACGAGGCUCUGUUCCUGGCGGGGGCUCCCAAGGGUCCCCUGCUCAGGAAGAUUCGUCCCCACAUCUUCUUCGACGACCAGAUGUUCCACGUGGAGGGCGCGCAGGAGAUGGGCGCCGUGGCGGCGCACGUGCCCUACGGCGUGGCACAGAGGCACCGGAGGCAGGAGGAGGAGAAGCAGCAGAGCCCCAACAGCAAAUAGAGGGGUGGGAGAGGGGGAAAAUCCCCACGUGGAUCCCAUCCACGCCCCUGCUCCAGUUGGUUGUGGGAGCGGGAGGUCAUCGUCCCCCAGUUAGGGGCAGGGAGGGCUCCCUCGGUGCCUCUGCUCGUGGGGGUGUCGUGGCUUUGUCCCUGCUCCUCGUGGGGCUGUUGUGGCUUUGUCCCUGCUCCUCGUGGGGCUGUUGUGGCUUUGUCCCUGCUCCUCGUGGGGCUGUUGUGGCUUUGUCCCUGCUCCUCGUGGGGCUGUUGUGGCUUUGUCCCUGCUCCUCGAGGGGCUGGAGGCUCCUCGGUGCCAGGGGAGGUUUUUCCAGCUCGUUCGUGCUUCAGGCGAAACCCCUCGAGGAUGGGUCUGCCCUGUGUGGAAUCUUUGUGCCAGGCAGGUUUAAUUUAUUUAUUUAAAACCCCCAAUGGCUCCUGGCUUUCCCAAGCGGAUGUUCAGGCUGAGCUGUUGAAAUGGGAAGUUGGGAGCACCCCAAAAACCUUCCAAGCAGCUUUGAAACAAAAUUUUGUCCCUUUGAACUGGAAUUAAACUGUGAUAUUUUUCCUUCACACCCCCAGCUGCUGCUCCCCAGCCAGAAAAUACUCAGUGUCUGUCCUUUCACCAAGAUUUUGCCAGCUUUAAUUUGGAAAAAUAGAAACAAAUACUUAACAUAUUUAAAAAAAAAAAAAAUCCUGUUUCCUGCUUGGAGCUUUGGGCUGGUGUAUUGUUGGCCCAGGUUUUUACAUUUGGGUUUCACACUUGCAUGAUUUAGCACUUCAAACUAAUAAUCUCAGUGAGCAUCCAAAGCCCAGCUUGUCCAAGGGCUGCAGACGCAUGCCCAGGGCUUGAAUUAAGUUAAAAGCAGGCCCUGAUAUAUUAGGGACAUCAUUUGAAGUCCAUUUAGGAAAAUCUGCCGAGAAUUUCAGCCUGGGGAUUUCAAUUAAAGGAUUUUUUUUCUCCCUUUCUAGGCUGAGCCCAUAUGAGUUGAUAAUCUUUUUCUCCUCAGCUUCUCAAAACCUCUGGUGCUUCCUAAAAUAGACACCUCUGUCAGCAAUGCUGUGAGAGAAGCAAAUCUCUGAUUAAAAAACAGGAUGGGAAAUCAAUGGGAGAGAAACUGGUGUGAAAAUCACACUGACAUUUCUGCUCAAAGCCCUGUCCCCGAGGAGACACUCGGGAGGAAAAUUGAAAGAUUAUUUUUUUUCCUUGUGGAUUUUCCUUUUCCCCUAUUUUUUUUUGUUUGUUUUGUUUUGUUUUUUUGUUUUUGUUUUUGCACGAUACCCCACAGCACAGCAGGAGGGAUGCUCAGUGUUAUCAGACAAUUUUCUGAUACAAAUUCCACUGGCUGAAAUUUCCCACGUUGUGUGUCUGGCUCUUUCCAGGGAAGUUUCAGCUCUGACAGGCUGGAGCUGGAGUUAUCACCCUUUUGAGGAAUAUGUAAAUAACCAAGCUGGGGAUGCCUUCAGUGGCUCCAGACACUUUUCUCAUUGCACUAAAUCCUGCUCUAGCAGUGAAAAGCAAAUUGCACUUUUCUCCCCUCCAAAAAACCAUUUCUUUGGCAGACUGUUAACUGUCACAUCUGUGUGACAAACACCUCGGAGGGAGGUCUAAAAAAUCCAAACAAACAAGCAAAAAAAUCUUGGGAGAAAUGAGAUUCUGAGUGUCACAUCCGCCAGCACUCGGGUUUGUAGAAAGGUCCUGCCUUUUUUAAUGUGAACAGAAGAUUUUGGGAUCUGAAGUGGAUCUUUUUUGGCAGCUGGGAGGGGAGCACAGCCAGUAAACAUUUCCAAGGUGUUUCCUGAAGAUGGUGGAAGCCCAGCCAAGCCCGGCUCGUGCAGGAGGAAUGGAAUUGUCAGGCAGCCCUGGGUGACAGGGCAGGGCGCCAGCAGGACUGGGGACACGGGGACGUGUCCGUGGAAUGAUCCAGAGGGGCUGGCAGGAGGAGAUGGAUGCCCAGGGAAGCAAUGGGUUGUGUUUUUGGGGAGAACCCUGGAUUUUGGUAGAUUUUUGCUGCCUCUCCAGGCUCUGAGGCGCACAGGGCUGGGGACAGGGGUUUGGUGACCCUGCUGUGGGUUCUGGCUCCCUGGGAGCUGUGGGGCUCAGGAAAUGAACCCCAGGUGAGCCAGACCCUCCCCAAAUCCUUCCCAAGCAAGGAGGAUUUUCCAUUCCCACCCUGGCUGCUCCUUUUGCUUUUAUCCACGUGGCUUCUCUGGUUUUUUGGGUUUGUUUUUUUUCUUUUUUCCUCCUCCAUAACUACAACUGGAAGACAAGGACUCGCUGCUUGUGUGCUUCCCUGGUGUCCCCUCGGGCUGGGGACUGUCCCCUCGGGCUGGGGACAGUCCCUGUGCCACUCCUGCUGUCCUGGCUGGCCACUGGACUUUUCCUGCUGCGUGUUGUUGCUGUGGAUUUCACUUCAUUGUCCUCCGGUGGUUUUUUUUUUGCCUUGUUAAUGGGAUCCCUCGGGGUGUUUUUUCCUUAAAUAAACCGUGUUGGUCCCAGCCCCUCUGUGCCCACAGUGAGUGUUUGGUGCAGGGGCUGAGCUUGGAACCUCCCAGGUUUUAUGGUGAUGGGGUGAGGGUGACAAGAAGGAAAAAAGGAGUUUUGGGGUUUAAUGCAAUUCAGAAAACGUGAUUAAAACUCCCACUUUGGCACUGCAGACCUGUGGGAGGGGCGGGAUUCCACCUCAACCACCUCCCUCCGCUUCGUGAGCGCCUUUUGUGGGGCAUCUGGGGCUCGUGAUGAAACCCUGGAUAAAAAUACAGCUCGGCAGGAGACUUGUGUCAGCUUGAUCUUCUCUCAGCCAGCAGGUGGGAGGCAGCACAGGCUCAGCAGAGGAGAUUCACGGCUGCUGAAGCUGCGGCUCCGGCUCCUCCCUGCCAAUGAGGGGAGCAGAUGGACGCAGGGGAAGCAACAAAUUCUCCAUCCACCGCCAAAUAUAGCCAAGGAAUGUCCGCAGGCCCCGGGGCAGCAUCCCUGCCGUGGGUCUGCAUGGAAGGGCUGGAUGAGCCCUUUGCUGGAACGCCUUCCCCC